GCUCCUCCCACCUGCACAUAAAAGCCAAGUGCAUGCUACCAGCAGCUGAUCAGAGCACUUUCUCAGCCCUCCACUGUUUUGAACCAGUGAUCUUCUCUUCUUGGAUCUUGUACACUCAAGAAACAGAAGAAAGUGCAGACAGCUAGAGCCCUUCUCAUUUGAUACUCAGCACUAUUAUGUUCUCUUCAUUGCCGGAUGUCAAGUCUCAAUAUCAGAACAGCUUCAGUGAAGUACUCUCCUCCUAAGCCGAGGGACCAUCUUAAAAUCAACAAAAUAACAACGGGCCUUACACAAACAGGAAAUCUAGGUCUCUUACAGUGAAAAGCAAACAACCUGUCCUUCUGCCCUUUCCUGAAAUCUGAAUGUGAUGGCCGUGCUGCUCAUUCCCACACAGCUGUUGGCAGUGGCUCUUGCUAUUUCCCUGCAGCUGGUAAAGUCCACUCAUGGUGGUGUCUACUAUGGAAUCAAGCAGCUGCCGCCCCAGGUGCCCCAGUACCAAGCCCUCGGACAACAAGUACCUCACAUGCCGCUGGGCAAGGAAGGCAUCCCAAUGCAGCACAUGGGCAAGGAGGUGCCCCACAUGCAGUAUGGCAAGGAGUACCCCCACCUGCCUCAGUACAUGAAGGAGGUUCCCCAGGUGCCAAUGCUUGGCAAAGACAUGGGUGCCAAGAAAGAAAAAGAAAUACCCAUGCGCAGCUUAAGGGGUGAGCAAGGCCCCCCUGGUGAGCCUGGACCAAGAGGACCACCAGGGCCACCAGGAUUACCAGGUCAUGGAGUGCCAGGAGCCAAAGGAAAACCGGGUCCGCAAGGAUAUCCAGGAAUUGGGAAGCCGGGUUUGCCAGGGAUGCCUGGGAAGCCAGGGGUGAUGGGACCACCUGGACCAAGAGGGGAGAUGGGGCCGAAAGGAGAGGUUGGGCCCAUGGGAAUACCGGGGCCACAGGGACCACCGGGACCUCAUGGACUCCCAGGAAUAGGGAAAGCGGGUGCUCCGGGGCUGCAGGGACAGCCAGGACCAAAGGGUGAACCUGGGAUGAAAGGUCCCCCAGGGGUCCCUGGGAUCCCUGGUCCAAAAGGGGAGAAGGGUGUUGGGAUCCCGGGUUUGCCAGGGCUGAAGGGCCCACCUGGGCUGCCUGGUCCCCCCGGCCCUGUGGGUCUGCCAGGGGUGGGGAAGCCAGGUAUGGUGGGGUUCCCUGGCCCUCAGGGCCCUGUGGGCAAGCCUGGUCCCCCAGGUGAGCUGGGGCUGCAGGGGCCUCCGGGUGUCCCUGGGAUGCAAGGACCUCCUGGCCUGCCUGGUGUUGGCAAACCCGGCCAAGAUGGCAUCCCUGGUCAGCCAGGUUUCCCAGGUGGCAAAGGGGAGCAAGGCUUGCCAGGCUUGCCAGGCCCUCCAGGUCUCCCUGGGGUUGGUAAGCCAGGCUUUCCAGGCCCCAAAGGUGAGCGUGGGGUAGGUGGCCUGCCUGGUCCUCUGGGGCCCAAGGGGGAGAAAGGCCAUGCAGGGCCGCCGGGCAUGGGGGGGCCACCAGGGGAGCCUGGCCAACCAGGCCUGCCAGGCAUCAUGGGCCCCCCAGGUGCUGUUGGUUUCCCAGGACCCAAAGGAGAAGGCGGCGCUGUGGGGCCACCAGGACCGGUGGGCCCCAAAGGCGAACCAGGCCUGCAGGGGUUCCCAGGGAAGCCAGGCUUUCCUGGGGAAGUGGGAGCUCCAGGGCUGAGGGGGCUGCCAGGCCCCACUGGGCCCAAGGGAGAAGCAGGGCACAAGGGCUUGCCGGGGCUACCAGGUGUCCCGGGGCUGGUGGGGCCGAAGGGUGAGCCGGGGCUGCCUGGUGCCCAAGGCCUUCAGGGCCCCUCAGGCAUCCCAGGCAUCGCAGGGCCCAGUGGCCCUAUCGGCCCCCCAGGGCUGCCAGGGGCCAAGGGGGAGCCUGGCCAACCCGGUCCUCCUGGCUUUCCUGGCGUGGGAAAACCUGGAGCUGCAGGGCUGCAAGGCCCUCCAGGGAAGCCUGGGGCACUUGGUCCCCCUGGCCAGCCGGGUCUCCAGGGGCCUCCCGGUCCCCCUGGGCCACCUGGACCCCCAGUAAUCAUCCCCCCGACUCCACCGGCUGCGGGACAGUACCUGCCCGAGGUAGGGCCAGGGAUAGAUGGCCUCAAGCCCCCUUACGGCUAUGCAGGCAAGAAGGGCAAGGCCGGCGGCGCUGUCUACGAGAUGCCUGCGUUCACAGCAGAGCUCCUCACUCCCUUCCCUCGGGUCGGUGUGCCCGUGAAGUUUGACAAGCUCCUCUACAACGGCCGUCAAAACUACAACCCUGCAACAGGGAUCUUUACCUGUGAGAUCCCCGGGAUCUACUACUUUGCCUACCAUGUUCACUGUAAAGGUGCUAGCGUCUGGGUAGCUCUGUUCAAGAACAACGAGCCACUGAUGUACACCUACGAUGAGUACAAGAAGGGCUUCCUGGACCAAGCCUCUGGGAGUGCUGUUGUUCAGCUGAUGCAUGGAGACAAGGUUUAUGUUCAGAUGCCAUCCGAGCAGGCAGCAGGACUCUAUGCUGGGCAAUACGUUCACUCAUCUUUUUCAGGAUAUUUAUUGUAUCCCAUGUAAAACAAAAACCAGACAUACACAUACACACACACACACACACACACACUCACAUUCACAAAUCUAAACCUUUCUUCUCUGCUUCGAACUCUUAUACCACAAAAGAUGCAUUUAAUGACCGUUUUGGACCAUUCUGUUAAAAAGAAAAUACAAAGUUUAACAUGCACAGCUAGAUAUAAAAAAAAAAAAAAAAAAGCGUGGUGAACAUAUUUAAAGGCGUGUAUCAGGUUCAUAAACAGUUGUUUCGUACCCAAGGGGGACAUAUUAGCUGUACAUUAUAUAUUUCUGUGAUGCCGUGCUUCAUUUCAUCACAAUAAUGCAGUAUUAAGGUUCAAAUCAGUUUUUGUCACUCACUCCUGCUGUGUAUUUGACUGAUGCAUUGAUCACAGUUAUGAGAUGAAAAACAGUGACUGAAGGUCAGUCUCCAAUUACAUGGAAAAAAAUGAGUGGCUUUUUAUUUGUUUGGGGGGAUUUUGGUGGUGGUGGGGUUUUUUCAACAGCAGGGCUGCCUGACAAGCGGAGGUUCUCUUACUGGAGAGCUUUCCUUCUCUUCCCUUUAUGUAAGAUAUACCUACAGGUUCGUUUUUGUUCUUCCUAAGCAAUUUGUUUAUUAUGGAAAAGGAAUACUGACAGCAGAACCGUUCCCUGAGAGCUUUCUCCAGAGGUCUCUGGAUUCAGCACACCGCUUUACUCCAGCAGGCACUGGGUUCACCCCCAAACACCACAACACCUUCAAAAAGCCUCCAUCUGUACUCGCACUGUUGAAGCAGAUGCGGUAGAUCAGAGCAAAUGUAAGGACUUCACUGUUUGCAUUAUGCCACGUGAUUAAGACAUCUCAGCCGACACAUGGCAAUGCAGCAGGGUGGUAUAAAUUAGCAUGGAUUCCCAUAUUCGUGCUAAAAACCUGCAGUCUGUCCAGUUUGCAAAAGGACACACAUAUUCUGCCUCUCAGCCAAAAUGGAAUCAGUUUACUCUUCCAUGACUAGGCAAAGCAGAAGUAGCUCUGUUUGCUAACUAACUCACUCAUCGCCUGAGAUCAACCAGUAACCUUACCCGCAAUGCUGAUCACACAAAUCCAUCCGUGAAUUUCGUUUUAUCUAACGGCUGAUUUCCAAUCCCUAUUUAUAUGUUACCAAUUGUCUAGGAGAAUCUGCAGGCCUCAAAUCUUUUCUGUAUCUGGGAAAAGCGACUUUUAUGCAAGAACUGUCUGUUCAUCAAUGGUGCUAAUCUCACCUCAAGUGUAGUAAUUUAAAAAACGACAGUGUCCUUCUCUGUGUUUCCCUGUACAGUGCUGCACAUCACACACGUUAGUUGAAAGAGUUGCUCCUCACUUCUUCCAUGUCUUAGCUAACGCUACUGCUUUUGAUUCAAAAAUGAACUAGAUUUUUCAUGCAGAACUAAAAUUGGAUUUAACUGGCAUUACUGUUAUUUAAAUACAGAGUUUAAUGCAGUCUGA